AUGGCAAUUAAUUGGAAAUCAACAUUACAAACCUCGGCAUCAGUGAUAUCAUUAUUUCUUAUUGCCAAAGAAUUAUAUAACUUAUAUGUUACCACUACCAACAAAGAUAAAUCAAAUUCUAAACUAACAUUAUUACCACCACGAACUCGAGGCAUCGAAUCAUUAAUUGGUAAUACUCCCUUAAUUGAAAUAAAAUCAUUAUCACGUCAAUUAGGUUGUAAAAUAUAUGCUAAAUUAGAACUUUGUAAUCCUGGAGGAAGUGCAAAAGAUCGAGUAGCAUUAGCUAUAAUUCGAGCUGGGGAAUCAUCAGGUCAAUUAAUCCCUAAUGCGAAUAAUAUUAUAUUUGAAGGUACUAGUGGAUCUACAGGAAUAUCAUUAGCUAUAUUAUGUAAUGCCUUAGGGUAUAUUUGUCAUAUUUGUUUACCUGAUGAUACAUCUUUAGAAAAAUUACAAUUAUUGAAAUCAUUAGGUGCAGAAUUAGAACCAGUUAAACCGGCAAGUAUAGUAGAUCCUAAUCAAUAUACCAAUGCUGCUCGACGUGGUGCAUUAGCCGUGAAUCAAAAUAGAGAUGGUCAUUCUCAACGACGAGCAAUAUUUGCUGAUCAAUUUGAAAAUGAUUUUAAUUGGAGAAUUCAUUAUGAAACUACAGGACCAGAGUUAUUACAACAAAUGGGUCAAGAUAAAAUCGAUGUAUUUAUAAAUGGUAGUGGUACUGGUGGAACCAUUGCUGGUGUUGGGAGAUGUUUAAAAGAAUAUAAUCCAAGAACAAAAAUUGUUUUAGCUGAUCCUCAAGGUUCUGGGUUAGCUAAUAGAAUUAAUUAUGGAGUUAUGUAUGAUUCUGUUGAGAAAGAGGGGACAAGAAGACGACAUCAAGUUGAUACAUUAGUUGAAGGAAUUGGAUUAAAUCGAUUGACUUGGAAUUUUAAACAAGCUGAACCAUAUAUUGAUGAAGCUAUUAGAGUCACUGAUGAUCAAGCAUUAAAAAUGGCAAAAUAUUUAAGUAUUAAUGAUGGAUUAUUUUUAGGGAGUUCAUCAGCGAUAAAUUGUGUUGCUGCUGUGAAAAUGGCAUUGAAAAAUGGUCCUGGUCAAAAAAUUGUUGUUAUUGCUUGUGAUUCUGGUGCUAGACAUUUAUCUAAAUUUUGGAAAGAAGCUGCAAAAUUACCCAAUGAUCUUACAUUAGAUGAUAUACUACAAUAA